GGGCGUCUCAGACGGCGAUGGCUACCUCUCUGCAGCGCAUCGAACGGCUCUCCAGUCGGGUGGUGCGCGUGCUGGGCUGUAACCCGGGUUUCAUGACCCUGCAGGGUACCAACACCUACCUGGUGGGGACCGGCCCCAGGAGAGUGCUCAUUGACACUGGAGAACCUGCAAUUCCAGAAUAUAUCAGUUGUUUGAAGCAGGCUCUGAUGGAAUUUAACACCACAAUCCAGGAAAUCAUUGUGACUCACUGGCACUUGGAUCAUUCUGGAGGUGUAGUGGACAUUUGCAAAAGCAUUAAUAAUGACACCACAUACUGCAUUAAAAAACUUCCACGUAAUCCUCACAAGGAAGAAAUUAUAGGAAAUGGAGAACAGCACUAUGUUUACCUAAAAGAUGGAGAUUUGAUUGAGACUGAGGGAGCCACUUUAAGAGUUAUAUACACACCUGGCCACACUGAUGACCACAUGGCUCUUCUUUUAGAAGAAGAAAAUGCUAUCUUUUCUGGAGAUUGCAUCCUCGGGGAAGGAACAACAGUAUUUGAAGACCUCUAUGAUUAUAUGAAAUCCCUGAAAGAGUUACUGAAAUUCAAAGCUAAUGUUAUAUACCCAGGACAUGGACCAGUAAUCUAUAAUGCUGAAGCUAAAAUUAUGGAGUACAUUUCUCACAGAAUUAUGCGAGAAGAGCAGAUUCUGAAAUUAUUUCGUGAGAACUUUGAAAAAUCAUUUACAGCCAUGGAACUUGUAAAAAUUAUGUAUAAGAAUAUUUCUGAAAAUUUGCUUCGCAUGGCUGAACACAAUGUCUUACUUCAUUUGAAAAAGUUGGAAAAAGAAGGAAAAAUAUUUAGCAACGGAAGUCCUGACAAGAAAUGGAAAGCUCAACUUUAGUUUCAAAUAAAUGAAGACUUUGGCUUUGGAUUAUUUUGGUUU